AUGAGGACCCUCUUGCGUCACGCAUCUUCGAACGAGGCGAAUCGUCAUCUUUCAGGACGAUCUCGACCGCAACCCAUGGAGAACCAGGACCUCCCUCCGGUACUGGAAGAGUACGGAGGCGCAAGGCCAUCCAGCAGACGGUGCUUCUCCGAGCCGCCCCCGUUGGAUCGGAAGGACGGCAGGAGGAAGAAGAGGCGGGCGUCACCCUCCUUGGAGGACGGGAAGACGACGAAGCGGAUGAAGGGGGAGGAUGUCGCAGGGGAGGCCGGGAAGGAGACCGACUCCGAUGAGGGCGGACGAAAAGGCGAAGGAGACGAACUCGACUCGAAGGCAGAGAGUGGAAGGGCCGAGUCGGCUGUGAUCGACGUCGUCAAGGACUCGGGCGAGCGCCAGGGCAUCGCCGAGGAAGAAGACGAGGCAAGCACGUCUUCGUUCUCCGCGCUCUGUCGUCUGCUGACCUGCACUUUGCAUCUCUCCUUACCCCCACAGAGUCCAUCACGAACCGAUUUCGCAGCAGGUCGAUGA